UUGGCAGUCUUCGUUGGCGCGCGCAUUGCAUCGGACAUAAUCUGUGCGAAAGAAAUGAAUUGAAUAAAUAAAUUAAAUGCAUACAAUUAAUAUUACUCUUUGAGUGCAUGCAUAGUUUGUAAAUUAAAUCAAUUUGCUGGCACGCACUCAUUGUAAUUAGUAAUAAAUUAAAAAGAAAGGCUUUAAAAGCUUGAAAUAUUCCAAGAUCACACAUAAUGCUUGUGACUGUGUUUUGCAAUUAAAAGUAAACAUAAAUGCUGAUAAGUGAAGCGAAUAUAAUUUCAAAAGUUUCACAGGCAAAGCACAAGCAAAACCAAAUACAAUGCAAAUGAGUCUCUUGCAACCACCCACAAUUCGAAUGGGUCUGUUGCUCAUUGUCAUCAGUUUCGUUGGUAUAUGUCAAUCAGCGGAUUCACAAAGGCCGCCGAACAUCAUCUUUAUUCUUGCGGAUGAUCUGGGUUUCAAUGAUGUUGGCUUUCGUGGAUCGGCGCAGAUUCCCACGCCGAAUAUCGAUGCUUUGGCCUAUUCAGGUGUCAUACUGAAUCGUUACUAUGUCAACCCAAUUUGCACGCCCUCGAGAUCAGCUCUCAUGACGGGAAAAUAUCCGAUACAUACAGGGAUGCAACACACGGUGCUUUAUGCCGCUGAACCGCGAGGCUUACCACUGGAUCUGAAAAUAUUGCCACAAUAUCUAAACGAUUUAGGCUACACUUCGCACAUUGCUGGCAAGUGGCACUUGGGACAUUGGAAAAAGGUUUAUACGCCUCUUUAUCGCGGCUUUAGCAGCCACAUAGGUUUCUGGUCGGGUCACCACGAUUACAACGAUCACACAGCAGUGGAGCACGGCUACUGGGGCCUGGACAUGCGCAAUGGAACCGAUGUAGCCUACAAUUUACACGGCCAGCCGACGACAGACGUAAUCACAAAGCAUUCCCUCAAUGUAAUUGCUUCGCAUAAUGCGACAAAAGGUCCGCUGUUUCUUUAUGUGGCUCAUGCCGCGGUUCAUUCGGGGAAUCCGUAUAAUCCACUGCCAGCCAAUGAUGACAUUGUCUCCAAGCUGAGUCACAUUACGAAAUACAAAAGACGAAAAUAUGCGGGACUUGUAAUGGAAAUGGAUGAUUCUGUCGGCAAGAUUGUGGCCCAACUUCAGAAAUAUCACAUGCUCGAAAAUUCCAUCAUCGUCUUCUCCACGGACAACGGUGGUCCAGUUGAGGGAUUCAAUUCGAAUUUCGCCUCCAAUUUUCCAUUACGUGGUACUAAAAAUACUCUCUGGGAGGGUGGAGUACUUGGUGCAGCCCUGGUUUGGUCUCCGCGACUCACAAAGUUGCCACGCCUAGCUGAACAAACUAUGCACAUCUCCGACUGGUUGCCCACAUUAGUCGAAGCUGCCGGAGGAAAGCAAGCGCUUGGCAAUUUCAGUGCAGCAAUCUUGGAUGGAAUGAGCUUGUGGUCCGCCCUGGUCAACGAUAGUAUAUCACCACGCAAGAGUAUUUUGCAUAAUAUCGAUAACAUCUGGGGCAGCUCGGCAAUCACAGUAGACGAGUGGAAGCUGGUGAAUGGCACCAACUACAAUGGGGCUUGGGAUGGCUGGUAUGGAAUGUCAGAGCUACGCCAUCCCAGCGACUACAACUGGGAUCAAGUGACCAAAUGUGUAACAGGUCAGGCUAUACAAAAGUUGAAGAUGCUACCCUCUAGAGCCGAUCAGAUUCGAUUACGGAGAGCAGCUACACUCACUUGCCAGAACGACAACCGCGGAGCUGUUUGCAAUCCUUUAAUUUCCCCAUGCCUCUUCCAUUUGGCCAAGGAUCCCUGUGAGAAAAAUAAUCUGGCAAAGCAAUAUCCAAAGGUGCUAGAGCUAUUGUUAAAAGAGCUACAAUUAGCUAAUGCUACAGCUGUGCCACCAUCAAACAAACCCGACGAUCCUCGCGGUAAUCCAAGACUUUGGAACUAUACGUGGACUAAUUUCGGAGAUUAUUCUGAUAGCAAGAAUAACAUUAUAACUAAUUCUCCAAUCGUGCUUCAAAAUUGUAUAUGAUAUGUCUAAGGAGUUCCCAAUUCUCAAAAGAGAAAGAACUGAGUUUCACAACAUUAAGCAAUUAGAUCAUAAAGAAUUUUGGGCACUGGUAAUAUUAGGACUUAAGAUCUUUUGAAACUUGUAACAUAUUAUACAUUAACUACAAAAAGAUCAC